CUGUUUUUUUUUUUCAUUUUUAGCAAGAGCUUUAGCAUUUAAAGUGCAGGUACAGUUUUAUGUAAAGAAAUAUUUGGUUAUUAGCAACUUGUCAUGGUGAUUUGUGAUGUUCACUGUGGCCCAUUAACCUUUUCAUCAAAUUUUGACUCUGGAAAUUUGGCAUUUGUUGAACAGGUUAUUAAACCAAAUGAGGACACAAAAGAAAAUGGAUAUGCUGGUUCUGAAUUGGCAGAUUAUGAUUACAAACUAUGGACAUCUCCAGAUGCUGCUGGAACAAGUUAUGAAAGUGGCAAUCGUACGUGGUUUCAUUUCUCUGUAAAAGGCCACAUAUCAGGAAAAACUGUCAAAUUUCACAUUAUGAACAUGAACAAACAAAACAAAUUAUAUAACCAAGGAAUGAGUCCUGUCUUUAAAGUUGUUCCUGGAAAAAAUUCUUGGAAAAGGAUAAAAGAGAAGCCUGCGUUUGAGUUUGUGGAAGGUCAAUUUAUAUUGUCUUUUAUGCAUCGUUUUGACGAGGUGACAAAACAUACAACAACAUAUUUCGCUUUUUGUUAUCCAUUCUCCUAUCAAGAAUGUCAGGAUUCGUUGGAAAAGCUUGAAGUUCAAUUUGGAAGCUCAAUAGACCACCCACAUCCGUCAGGCAUCUAUUUUCAUCGCGACACAUUAUGUUUUUCGAACGAUGGAUUAAAAGUUGAUUUAAUAACAAUUUCCUCAAUGAAAGGAAUCACAGAUAGCGAAGAAGAGAAUAUAAAAAACCUUUUUCCGGAUAAAACAAAGAGAAGAGCUUUACAGUUCACUAAAAAGAAGAUCUUUUUCUUAACAAGUCGUGUCCAUCCUGGUGAAACACCGUCAAGCUUCGUAUUUAACGGUUUUCUUGAGUUUGUUCUUCGCACAGGUGACGAAAGAGCAGCUGUUCUGCGAGAUAUGUUCGUGUUCAAAAUGGUACCAAUGUUAAAUCCAGACGGAGUAAAACGCGGCCAUUAUCGUACUGACGUGUUUGGACUUAAUCUAAAUCGAACGUAUUUAACUCCUGAUCCUAUACUGCAGCCGUCUAUUUACGCUAUCAAGAAGUUGAUGUUGUAUCAUCACUUUUACGAUGAAAUCAAACCAGAAAACCGGGAUGAAAUGUUAUCCAGGCUCACCUCUGAAGUUAACCAAUCACAAACUCCGUCACAAAGUGAAAUAAAAAAACUAGAUUGCUCCUUAAGAAAAAGCUUUACAAUGCCAAAUAUUCGUCUUACAUUUUCUAAAACUGAGACCAGUUGUAAAAAAUGUUGUGAUGAUCUUGUUUUGGAAAAAAGAUUUUCAGACGAAGUUUCUAAGACAGGUUUUUCUUUCGGCAAAGAUUUUGAUACAAUGAAGAAUGUUGUAAAAGAAAACUGCGCUCGUAAUAUGAACAGAACAAAAUCAGAAACUAUCAUUGGUGAAUUUUUUAAAUCUGACUCCAGUUGUGUACAAACCGAAAAUCGAUUAGCUUCUCCCGUUACGUGCAAUCAACAGAAACAGCCGACAGAAGGUGGCGUUUCAAUAUAUGUUGAUUUACAUGCUCAUGCAUCGAAACGAGGCUGUUUUAUGUAUGGAAAUUAUUUUGAAACAGAGCAGAAGAUGAUUGAUUGCAUGUUAUUUCCUAAAUUAAUCUCAAUGAAUUCAUCACAUUUUGAUUUCCUAGCCUGCAAUUUCAGUGAGAAAAAUAUGUACCAUAAAGACAAGAGAGGUGGAUUCUCGAAAGAAGGUAGCGGAAGAGUGGCAAUGUUCAAAAGUAUGGGAAUCGUACAGUGCUACACUUUAGAAUGCAAUUACAACAGUGGUAGAUGUACAAAUUCAAUUGCGACCGCAACAUGUGAUGAUGGCCGCGCUACACCACCACCUUUACCAGGUUUCCCGCCAAAAUAUACACCAGAACAUUACGAAGAGGUUGGAAGAGCUCUCGCUGUAUCAAUUCUUGACAUGUAUCAAAACAAUCCUUGGUCUCGCUUGCCUCUGUCUGAGCAUAAAUCGCUUCAUGGUGUUCGCGAUUGGCUUUUAAAGUUUUUGAAAAAUUCACGUAAAAAGCUACCCCGCUCUCCAAACGGAAAAAUUGAAAAAUGUAAUAUUGACAAAAGUAACAGGAGAAAAGAGUCACUUGCGAAAAGCAGCAAGGUAACUAUGGCAACGACUAAAAAUGCGUCCAGAAUUACAGUCAACUAUUUUAAAGACGUUUCAGAGAAGAAUCCUAAGUUGACAUAUAAAAAACAAACAUCUGACGAAUCUCCGAUAAGCCUGGUUCCGGCAUCAUGUGAUUCGAACAAUAACAUGUCACGGGUUAAUGGUGUAAGAAUUAAAAGUUGUUUCGUCAAAAAGAACAAACCAAUAAAAAAAAAAGUAAUGGCGCAAGAUCAAGUUGAAAAUUAUUCACAUGUAGGCGUGAUCAAAUCGUUGAAAACAAAAUCUUUACUUAAGGAAGAAAUCAAUUCCAAUCGAAAAUCUUGCAAGAACAAGGCUCCUGGGCAAAUUGACGCAAAGAAACUUCCUUUACCAUUCAUGAAAGUAUCACAUUUAAAACAAAAAUCUUCUCACAACACGGCAGAGGAGGGAAAGAGACUGGUCGAUUUAAAAUCAAGAAAAUUUGGCGCUGGCGCUCCCGAUUCUCUUUCCACGAAGACCGCUAAGACGAUCUCCAAUAGAAAAUGUCAGCACCUGACAACCGAGGUUGUGACAGUUAACGUAGAAAGUAUUUGAUGUUUUUGUUGAAUGCACAUGUUGUCGAGUGCACAUAAUAAACCUUGUGAGGAGACCUGGCAUUACCAUGGCGUUCUUCUAAUGAAAAUAAAAAUUUUAAACAAACAUGAGUUUGAUUGAAGAAGUCCAGGUUUAGAUCUUGAACGCACUAAUUUUUUUUUCUAAAUCAAUCAAAUUCCACUCGCCAAAUUAAAUACACGCCAAAUAUUACUCCUAGGCUCCUUCGAAACGUCCAUUAACCCGUUUCGCCCCUAUUAAAACAGGCAAGCAAACUCAAGAAAUUAAUUUCUAUACAAAUCUGUUAAUUUUUAACACGUCACGGUUGUGUAUAUUAUUUUAAUAAAUUAUUUGGAAAAAAAAUAUGUGGUGUAGAGAAAAUUUUAGAAAACUUUUUAAAUAUAGUUUAGGAUAUUUUUGAUAAGCUGAAUAGAUAUGUAAUAUAUGUUUCCAAACAAUACAAGCGAAAUAUUUUUGUCUAAA